UCAUUAUACGAGCAACAAGAUCAUAUCCUGAAUGGUCACUUUGAACUCUUAACAAACAAUAGCCAGAGUUUGAAAAAGCAAAUCAAGAAUCAUCAAAUUCUGCUCAUGGCUACUACCACUAGCUACACCUCAUUCUGUUCUUUGCUUAAGCUCAAUCAAACGAAGCAAAACCCAUCUUCUUCUUCUUCUUUGCUUAAGGUUAAUCAAGUCAGGAAUCAGCUAUGUUUUAGCAUUUCAACAAGUAGCCACCAUUUAGGAAGAGCUUCAAUCUUGGUGGUUAAAGCUUCAGAAACAGAGGCAGCUAAAGCAAAGGGGGGAAAAGAAGGGGAAGAAGAAGAAGUGAAGUAUGAAGAGUAUGAAGUAGAGAUUCUGCAGCCUUAUGGACUGAAAUUUACCAAAGGCAGAGAUGGGGGUACUUACAUUGAUGCCAUUGCUCCUGGAGGUUCUGCUGAUAAGACUGGCAAAUUCACUGUUGGAGAUAAAGUCCUUGCCACCAGUGCAGUGUUUGGAGAAGAAAUAUGGCCUGCUGCUGAAUAUGGAAGAACAAUGUACACUAUCAGACAGAGAAUUGGACCCUUGCUCAUGAAGAUGCAAAAGAGAUAUGGGAAGGUGGAAGAAGCAGGUGAAUUGACAGAAAAGGAAAUUAUCAGAGCAGAGAGGAAUGCUGGUUUCAUUAGUGAUAGAGUUAGGGAAAUUCAAUUGACAAAUGCUCGGAGGAAGAAAGAACAAAAAGAGCAAAGAGAAAGGGAUCUUCGUGAAGGACUCCAACUUUCUAAGAAUGCCAAAUACGAAGAAGCACUAGAAAAGUUUGAGUCUGUGUUAGGAUCAAGACCAACUGGAAAUGAAGCUGCUGUGGCAAGUUACAAUGUUGCCUGUUGUUAUUCCAAGCUUAAUCAGCUUCAAGCCGGCUUAUCUGCCUUGAAGGAUGCAAUGGAAGCAGGAUUUGAAGAUUUUAAGAGAAUCAGGACAGACCCCGAUCUUGCCAAUCUAAGGACGUCUGAGGAUUUUGAGACUCUCAUGAAAAAGUAUGAUGAAUCGUUCAUCAAUGAAAAUGCCAUCAAUGCGAUUAAGUCCCUGUUUGGCUUCAACAAGAAAUAGAGGCAGCAGCACAUGCGUAAACUGAAUUGCCAAUAGCCCAACAUUCCCGUUGCUGGUAUCUUACUUUGACAUCCAUGCAGUAAGAUAUGGAUCUGCAGCAAACUAUGCUCCCUUUUUUGGAUUUUGUUUAUAGCUUGAGUUAGAGAUAUCAAAAUACUUUCUGAUCAUUAAUUUUUUAUUUUAAUUGUAUUACGCUAUGGUCAAUCCCCUGUAAUUAUAAGGGGGGUAUUCUGAAUAUGAAAAGUUUUCCAAUCUGAAACCUA